AUUCCCCGUGGAUUUCCAGAAGGGAAACCCCAGAAUGCAGAGCUACACCUCCAUGAGAGCAUCACCAAGCUUCGUUAUCUUCUUGAACAAGGUAAGGCUCAGAACGCUCAAACCCUAAUCAGGUCUUUCUUACUAUUCAGAAGCGUGUUCUCUUCUCCUUCUGAGCUCCUCAAAUCUUUCUCUGAUGCUCCUCAUAUUGGCAAUGGAAUCGAUGGAAGCCUUUCGAUUGAUGAAAAGAUACAGUGUUUUGCCUUCAUUUUGCCAGGCAACAAGCUUCUGGAGGUUUUAGCUUCAGGGAGACUCUAUAAUGAAACCCUAGAAGUGUUCUCUGAAAUGUUGGCGCUAGGGCUUAGGCCUGAUACGUUCACUUACAAUAAGGCUAUACAAUCAUCUGUGAAGUUAGGAAACAUUAAGGAAGCUAUUGAUAUGCUGUCAAUAAUGGAAAAGAAUCAAACGAGGCCUGAUUCUUUUACUUAUAAUGUGAUAAUAUCCGGUUUAUGCAAAAACAAACAAACGAAAGAUGCAAUGAAUUACUUUACUGAGAUGGUUUCGAAAUGCUUAGUGCCCGAUGGUGUUACAUAUAAUACUCUUAUCGAUGGCCAUUGUGAGAGUGGUAGCACAAAGGGAGCCUUAAAUUUGGCCAGGGAGAUGGAGGAACACAAGCUGAAGCGUUGUAGGUUCACCUACCAUGCGUUGAUAAAGGGGUUUGUAAAAUUUAAAAAGUGCUUUUCGAUUCUUUUAAUGGCUUCAGAAGUCACAGUUCUCAAGCUUUCUCUGAAUUCCCCGUGGAUUUCCAGAAGGGAAACCCCAGAAAUGCAGAGCAACACCUCCAUGAGAGCAUCACCAAGCUUCGUUAUCUUCUUGAACAAGAUUGGCAAUGGAAUCGAUGGAAGCUUUCGAUUGAUGAAAAGAUACAGUGUUUUGCCUUCAAUUUUGCCAGGCAACAAGCUUCUGGAGGUUUUAGCUUCAGGGAGACUCUUUAAUGAAACCCUAGAAGUGUUCUCUGAAAUGUUGGAGCUAGGGCUUAGGCCUGAUACAUUCACUUACAAUACGGCUAUACAAUCAUCUGUGAAGUUAGGAAACAUUAAGGAAGCUAUUGAUUUGCUGUCAAUAAUGGAAAAGAAUCAAACGAGGCCUGAUUCUUUUACUUAUAAUGUGAUAAUAUCCGGUUUAUGCAAAAACAAACAAACGAAAGAUGCAAUGAAUUACUUCACUGAGAUGGUUUCGAAAUGCUUAGUGCCCGAUGGUGUUACAUAUAAUACUCUGAUCGAUGGGCAUUGUGAGAGUGGUAGCACAAAGGGAGCCUUAAAUUUGGCCAGGGAGAUGGAGGAACACAAGCUGAAGCGUUGUAGGUUCACCUACCAUGCGUUGAUAAAGGGGUUUGUAAAAUUUAAAAAGUGCUUUUCGAUUAGUAAGGAAAUAACCCCAGAUGUGAUAACAUAUAAUUCUUUGAUUAAGGGCCUUUGCAAAGAGAGUAGGGUCAUAGAAGCUGAGAAUUUAGUGCACAACGUGGAGAAUGAAGGUGUAACUCUUGAUGUGAUUACUUACAAUUCUUUGAUCGAUGGGUACUCACGAAUAGGGGAUAUGAGCAAAGCUCUUGAGCUCUACAAAAAUAUGGAAAAUAUGGGCAUUAAACCUUCCACCAUAACAUACCAUGCCCUAAUGAGUGGACUUUCUGGGAUAGGCAAAAUGGAAAAGGUUGAUGAGCUUUACAGUAAGAUGUCAGAGAAAAAUGUGAUCCCGGAUGUCAUGAUCUAUAAUUUAUUGAUUCAAGAGCAUGCAAAAUUCGGGGAUGUUCAAAAGGCAUUUACUUUGCAUAAGGAGAGGAUUGACAAUGGGUUAGAGCCUGAUGAGAUGUCCUAUACUAGUUUCAUCAUAGGGUUGUGUGCAGAAGGUAAGAUGCGAGAAGCAGAGAAAUUGCUUGCAGAUAUGAAAAUUAGGGGAUUGGUUCCUAGUGCUCUCACAUAUAAUACUCUUAUGGAAGGGCAUGUAAAGCUAAAUGAUUACCAUGGGGCUUACAUUUUGUCCAAGGAAAUGAUUGGAAAUCGCUUUUAUCCAAGUUCUUUUAACUGUGAUAAAUUGAUUACUGGUCUCAGAGAAGAGGGAAGGUUUCAAGAAGCUGAGCUCGUUUUGAGCGAAAUGAACUUCACUUCAAGUUCAUCAAUUGAUUAGCAGUUAUGGUCACAAGAUCCUUCUUUUGUGUUUUCAAUGCCCAAGUGUAAAUGUUAGGCAUUCAAGAUAUGACCAGAGCACGCCAUAGCAUAUGGGCUUAUAUGGGACCGUUGUUAGGAAGGGAGGCGUGAUUAUGAAAAAAUGAUUUCCCUCAAUGAUGCUGAUGGUAAAUGAUACUCAUACAGAAUUACAGAAGAGUUGUCAAAGGAAUGUAUUUAUGAAAGUUCAAAACACAAAAAUGUUGUCCUUGUUUGUAAAAUGCAUAUGUAGUUGGUAUUGACUAUAGUUUAAAGUCAUGUACUGAGUUGCAUUUGUUGAGUAUGCCAUAAAUAAUUAUCUGUAUGUAUCAUACAAUGAAUCUUAGAUGAAUGAUGGCAAAGCAUGCAUGCUA